AUAAAAUUACCCCGAACCAUAAUCCAAACAAAGAGUAGUAGAAAAUUCUGCAGAGCUUGAAAAGGUACUUUAAUGGGGAACCCGCCAAGAACCCGCAAAAGGGUCCGUGGAAUCCGUCGUGCUCCUGAUGGAAGUGCCUUCGAGAACUGCAACAAUUGUGGGGUUUUGGUGGCAAUCGCUUUGGCUGAUUUGCAUGAAUGUGAAGCUGGAACCAAAAACAAUGUGAAGAGAUUCAAAGGCUUGGAUGGAAAACAAAACGUUGUCCAACAAAGCUUUUGUGACCAACCCAGAUCGCCUUUCCGUCUCUUCAUGGAAGAUUUCAUGAAGACUGGCAAGAUUUGGAACAUAAUUGAUAUUGAUCGUAAAGGGUUCGAGACUUGGAGGAACAUGUCAAAGGAGGAGAGGCAACCAUACAUCACGAGAGCUGAUGAGAUUAACUCGGCUCAUGUUAAAUGUUUGAUUCAAGAUAUUGAUCAUAUGUCAGAGGUAAACGAUGAGGCAGAUUCAGCAAUAGUUGGGAAGUUUGAUCCGUUCUAUGAACACUAUGAACACUGCGACAACUCUGACAGCUGUUAUAGUUUUCAGUACAAAGAUUUUGAGAGCUUGAACACAUGGGAAUGGGAAAUGGUGAGAACAUGGAUGGCUAAGAGUUCUGGCUGAAUUUUGAAGAUCAAAUUUAAAGGUUCCCUUGCACUGGACUGAUAUAAUGGAACCACCUAACUGGAAAUGGUGGAAAAUGUGGAGAAUUUUUACCAUUACCUAUCUUCUAAAAGGCAAGUCGAUUGGCUAUUGUAUAGUAUCGUUAGGAGUUUAGGGCUCUAACCAUUUAGCUAGCAAUUUUCUUUUGGAAUUAAAUUUUUUUACAUUUUGGGGUCCUGUGAUCUGAAAUACAACCGAGUAAUUUGGACUAGAGAUGCAGGGCAUUUUGUGAAUGUUUAUGUUAACUCGGCAUUUCCAGUGCAUUUAACGUGUUUUGCUCAAGGGUUUUAGCCUGCAACAUUCGUUGUGAGUGGAGUGGCUGGAAAUGUUUCCUAGAGAAAGUUUGUCGGAUUAUUAUUUGUAUGUUUAGCCUGAGUAAUGUUAUCUUUCAACUACCUUGGAUUCAAA